UCUUUCAACGGAGAGGUCCAAUUUUGGCCACGGGAAGCUUCUUUCUUGCUUUGCAAGAGGCGUGACGUAGGCAACGACGUGUGUCGUCAUCAGGCAGAGAGCAUAUAUCCCUUUGCGACUUCGCAGCCAAACCUCUCAUGGAAAAUCUUGUGGCCCAAUUCCCUCCGUUGGGUCCCUACCUCCACCGAUUUCAUCAUCGCCGCCGAGAAGCGUCUUCUCUCCAUCCUCAAGACGCCUUAUGUACAAGAGCAAGUGAAUAUUGGUUCAGGACCACCAGGUUCCAAAAUCAGAUGGUUUCGGUCUUCGAGCGACGAGGCACGAUUCAUCAACACUGUUACCUUUGAUGCCAAGGAGGAUGCUCCCACUCUCGUCAUGGUUCAUGGAUAUGGUGCUUCUCAAGGUUUCUUCUUCCGUAACUUCGAUGCUCUUGCCAGUCGAUUCAGGGUCAUUGCCAUUGAUCAACUUGGGUGGGGUGGAUCAAGUAGGCCUGAUUUUACGUGUAAAAGCACAGAAGAAACAGAGGCAUGGUUUAUCGACUCCUUGGAGGAAUGGCGUAAAUCCAAGAAUCUCAGUAACUUUAUUCUUCUAGGACAUUCUUUUGGAGGUUAUGUUGCUGCUAAAUACGCUCUUAAGCAUCCUGAGCAUCUUCAACACUUAGUUCUAGUGGGACCUGCUGGGUUCUCAGCAGAAUCAGAUUCCAAAUCGGAACGGCUCACUAAGUUUAGAGCUACAUGGAAAGGCGCAGUUCUAAAUCAUUUAUUGGAGUCGAAUUUUACUCCUCAGAAGCUGGUUAGAGGAUUAGGUCCUUGGGGUCCGGGUCUUGUAAACCGGUAUACAAGUGCAAGAUUUGGUGCACAUUCGGAGGGAACUGUGCUUACAGAAGAGGAAUCUAGAUUGCUCACUGAUUAUGUGUACCAUACUUUGGCUGCAAAAGCUAGUGGAGAGUUGUGCUUGAAAUACAUCUUCUCCUUUGGAGCAUUUGCUCGGAAGCCCCUCUUCCAAAGCGCGUCAGAGUGGAAAGUGCCAACAACGUUUAUCUACGGAGUGCAUGAUUGGAUGGACUAUAAAGGUGCAGAGGAAGCUCGGAAAGACAUGAAGGUCCCUUGCGAAAUCAUUCGGGUUCCACAGGGUGGCCAUUUUGUGUUCAUAGACAACCCAGCUGGUUUCCGUUCUGCAGUGCUUUAUGCUUGCCGCAAGUAUAUAUCUCAAGACUCCUCUCAUCAAGAAAUCCUCCCAGAUGUAGUGGAGAGAGAGACCUGGUGGUCGAAACAUUUCCAACGGCCAUGCGGACAUGAACCCGGCGAGAAUCAGAAGACAAAGAGUGAGGAAGAAAAGAUGUCGGCGGCAGGAGAAGAGAAGAUAUUGGUGUCGGUGAGGGUAAGACCUCUAAACCAGAAAGAGAAGACGAGUCAUGACAGAUGUGAAUGGGAAUGUAUCAACGACACCACAAUCAUCUGCAACUCCCUUAAUCUGCCUGAUAAGCCUUCCUAUACCUUUGACAAAGUGUUUGGAUUUGAAUGCCCCACGAAGCAAGUGUAUGAUGAUGGAGCCAAAGAGGUUGCACUUUGUGUCCUCUCCGGAAUUAACGCGAGCAUCUUCGCGUAUGGACAGACAAGUAGUGGUAAAACGUACACCAUGACUGGGAUCACUGCUUUUGCAAUAGACGAUAUCUUUCUUUACAUUGACAAGCAUAAACAAGAAAGAAAGUUCACUCUGAAAUUCUCAGCGAUGGAGAUCUACAAUGAAGCUGUGAGGGAUCUCCUUUGUGAAGAUAGCAACAAUACUCCACUUAGGCUUCUUGAUGAUCCAGAGAGAGGAACGGUCGUUGAGAAACUUAAGGAGGAGACUCUCACAGACAGAAACCAUCUUGAUGAACUCCUUUCUAUAUGCGAGACUCAGAGAAAGAUUGGAGAGACUUCUUUGAAUGAGACUAGCUCCAGAUCUCAUCAGAUUCUUCGACUGACCAUUGAAAGCUCGAAACGUGAGAUCUCUCCAGAGAGCUCGGGGAUUCUUGCAGCAUCAGUGUGCUUUGUUGAUCUUGCAGGAAGUGAACGUGCUUCUCAGACAUUAUCUGCUGGUUCAAGGCUCAAAGAAGGUUGUCACAUUAAUAGAAGUCUACUUACUCUCGGAACUGUCAUCCGAAAACUCAGCAAAGGGAGAAAUGGACACAUACCAUAUCGAGACUCAAAGCUAACUCGUAUACUUCAGAACUCGUUGGGAGGAAACGCAAGAACGGCUAUCAUCUGUACAAUGAGCCCUGCUCGUACUCAUCUAGAACAGUCGAGGAACACGCUUCUCUUUGCAACUUGUGCUAAAGAGGUGACAACAAAUGCUCAAAUGGAGGAACAGAUCCUAGAACUUAAAUGGCAAAGAGAUGUGGCUCAAUCUCGGGUAGAGAAUUUGCUUAAAUCAACAGCGGACGAGAGAUCCUAUUAUUCGAGUUCAGUGGAUAACAGGAGAAGAAUCAGCUACGAUUCAACUGAUUUUGAUGAGACGCGUAUGCUAAAUAACUUGGGGAAGAGUAACUUCUACUCUCCUGAUGAGGAUGAUUUCUUGCUGGAUGAUACUACCCCUCAGUUUCCAGUCCAUGACCUCUGCGAUCAGUGGGAAGAGAUGGCUAAAGAAAACAUCCAAGAACCAGAAGAUGCUUGCAAAGAAGUUAGAUGCGUUGAAGUGAACAGUGGAGAAGCAGAAAGAGCUAAAGACUCACUAGACAUUUUCGGAAAGAAACUCGAGACAUUACCAGCCGAAAACGAACAAAACUUCAAGUCUUUUAUGGCCGAUGAGAAAGCGGAAAAUGAAGCUAUGGAGUCAAAAAAGGAACAUAGUGAUUCAUCUUUGACAACGAUGGAUAUGGAGUUGAGUUUAUCUGAUAAACUUGAGGCCAAAGAUGAGCUAACUGUAAACAAGUUACUACAAGAAGUACAAGAAACAGAGCAACCUGUGGAGAAACAAAUGAAAUCUCCGAAGAAAGAAGAAAACAUGGAACAGAAUUUGUCUAAGGACCAGUCAUAUCUGGAGUACAAACAAAACUACGAAUCUUUUAUGGCUGAUAAGAAUGAAGCUAUGGAGCAAGAAAAGGAAGAUGCUGAUUCAUCUGUAAAAAUGAUGGAUAUACAGUUCAGUUCAUCUGCUAAACGUGAAUCCAGAGAUAAGCUACCAAUAAAGAAGUUAGUAGAAGAAUACGUCCAAGAAACAGAGCAAUCUGUGGAGAAACAGAGGAAAUCUUCAAAGAAAGAAGACUUGGAACAUAACUUGUGGCCGAUGGCUGAUGAGAAUGAAGCUAUGGAGGCAGAGAAGGAAAAUGCUGAUUCAUCUUUGAAAACAAUGGAUAUAGAGUUGAGUUCAAGUAUAAACAAGUUGGAAGAAGAAUCUCAAGAGACUGAACAAUCUGUGGACAAUGAUGAAGCAAAAACGAGUCCGUCUUCAAAGAAAGAAGACAUGAAACAGAAUUCGUCCACGGAUCAGUCUAACGAUAGAGGUGAUGAUGCAUAUGAGGCUCUCAAGAACAAGGUGAAGGAAAUGCAGAAGACGAUUGAAUAUUUUAUGAGUAUGCAAUCAGCAGAGGACAAACAAUCUCCAUCUUUUAACACGAUAGAUGACUACACGAGUCCAGGAGAUUGCUUCAAGAUGAAAAGAAGCCGAAGCUGCAGAGAGAAUCUCUUGUUCACAAAGGCGGUCGCAUUGAAGAACUCUAACAACACAUCCUUUGACUCAGAUAACGCCGUCUCCAUCGACGCACAGAGCACGAAAGAUUCCGAUACAGAGACUAGCUGUAGUAGCUUCCAUGAGUUUAUGGCAGGGCUCAGAGAAAUGGCAACGCAGCACCAUUCCACGCAUGAGACUGAUACUGAAACAGAGAAGACGAAGCAAGAAAACAACACAGGCGAGAGAGCAGAGUUUGAGAGACAGCAAAGCCAAAUAAUUGAGCUUUGGGAACUUUGUAACGUACCUCUGGUUCACAGAACGUACUUUUUCUUGCUAUUCAAGGGAGAUCCAUCGGACUUUGUUUACAUGGAAGUGGAACUCAGGAGGCUAUCUUUUCUGAAGGAUUCUCGGGAGACGUCGAGGAAACAAACUGCGAAGGCAGUAGCACGAGAGAGAGAAUGGUUGGCUAAGCAAAUACCAAAGAAGUUUGGGAAGAAGGAAAGAGAAGAGGUUUACAAGAGAUGGGGCGUUGAGCUGAGCUCAAAGCAGAGGAGCAUGCAAGUAGCUCACAAAGUGUGGAUGAAGAGUAAAGAGAUUGAGCAUUGCAGAGAGAGUGCUUCUCUUGUGGCUACUUUGGUUGGGUUUGUUGAGUCAAACUUGGCACCAAAGGAAAUGUUUGGGCUUAGCUUCUCACCUACUACAACACUCAACGUUAGAUCCUCUGGCUGGAGAUUUUCAAACUCUUUCUCUCGUGACGCCGACAUCGGAACGAUUGCCGGAGCUGCAAUGGCGCACCUAAUACGGCCGAUAAGGCAAUUAUCGCCGCAGUGUCAUCACCAUUUUCGUAAUCUCCGCCAUUUUCUCUCGAAAAGGCUUCCGAACUCACCUUCUUCUAUCCCCAGUCUUCUUCUAUCCCCGUCAUUCUCCACCUCAAGGUCUCCGCCUCGUCGGAGAUUUCGUCCCGCGCCACCGGAAGCUCUCAUUCCAACUCUUAUUGCCGAAGACGAUGGUGGUAGCGAUGGCUCCGAGUCGGAUCCUGACUCGUCUAGGAGCCGGAACCAGCGGAAGCGUGACGCUCGCCGCGCCGUCCGGUGGGGUAUGGAGCUCGCUUCCUUCUCUAGUGAUCAGAUUAAGCGGAUUAUGAAAGCGGCGUCGCUUGGUGAAGAGGUUUAUGAUGCGUUGAUGCUUGCCAAGAGACUAGGCUCGGAUGUUCGAGAAGGAAGGCGAAGACAUUAUAACUUUAUCGGGAAAAUGUUGCGUGAAGUUGAACCUGAUUUGAUGGACACUCUGAUUAAUGCUACAAAUCAGGGUGACCACACAAAGCUUCAGGCGCUGAUUAGUUCAGCAAAAGAUGGAUCAGAUGAUGCUGGAGGCAGCAAUGUUGAUGAUACAGAAACAGAGUCGGAAGAUGAUGUUGAGAGCUCAGAUGAAUAUAUGGCUACAGCUGCGAGAUGGUUUGAUGGCCUGAUCAGUCAAAACGUGGAACUCACAAAAGAAGUUUAUUCUCUUCAGAGCGUUGAUUUCGAUCGACAGGAAUUGCGUAAACUUGUUCGGAAAGUACAGUUGGUUCAUGAGCUGAGAAAAGAUGUAACCCCUGAGAAGCAGAAAGAGGUCGAUGAUGCACUGAUGAAGGCUGAAAAGUCUCUGAAUCGAUUUCUCCAUUCCAUGGCGAAACAAAUGCAGAGUGAGGAGAGCGAUUUGUAUUUAUGAAUAACAACAUAUGAGUUUGAUCAAAUGUAAUACCCUUAAACCGAAUCCAAACCGAAUAACCAAAAUUAUGGUUCGGCUUGCUCGAUUUGGUUAAACUGCCCAGACCUAGUUUUAGCUUAUCAGUUAUAUGAUCUUCUUUUCUCCUUAUAAUGUAUUUCUCCUUUUGUUCUUUUAUUUUUGUUUCCUUUUUUUUUUUUAAACAGCACAAGCUUUUGCCUUUCUCGUCAUCUCUCCAUCAAUGUAAUCCUAAUAGGACACAUCAUUCGAUCCAUCAUCAAAUCAAAAUAAAAUAACUCAGUUGUAC